UUGAUUAAUUCUUAGAAAAAGAUACGUAGAGAUAUUUCGACGAUUCUGAAUAAUGAAGGAAGACUGGAACGACGAAUCUCACUACGCCCUAAAUGUUUACGAAAAAGUUCUUGGUAUAAUUGGAGUUUGGCCUUUGAAUGCGGGAGAAUUUAAAUCCAUCGCACGAUGUUCCUUAGCCAUUUUGAUCCAGAUCAGUACUAUUGGCAGCCUGUCUCUGGAAGCGUAUCGGCAGUGUCUCGGUGCCGAAGACAUGAUGGAGGCUUUUCUAAUGGACCUCUCGUCUCUCGUCAGUCUCUCCAAGCUUCUCGUCAUCCGCCUCACUUGGAGGCACACUUACGUCCUGGUGACUUCUGUUAUCGACGACUGGUCGGUGUCCCGGGACACGCGACAGCGGGAGGUGAUGAUGAGGUACACCCAUGUAGGCAGGAUUGUGUCCUUGACGAUGUUGUAUCUGGGCUACGCAUCGGGCGUCUCGUUCCUCUUCAAUGCCGUAUCGUUCGACAGUUUGAUACCCUGGCUAAAUGUCUCCAAGGCUAACGAUAACGAUAACGAUACGGUUGUGACUACAUAUUUCCUGGCGACUUAUUGCGUCUUCGGAUCGCUGCCGACAACUACUUACAGCUGCGUCUUGCUGCUACAAGUGGCGCAGAUCUUCGUCAAUGCCACUUCGCAUUGCGGAAACGAUGGUUUCUUCUUCGGUCUGGCGAUGCACCUAUGCGGGCAGUUCAAGAUACUGCAAAUGGACUUUGCCAGCAUCGAAGUAGAAGAGCGAACCUGCAAAAAGAGGAUACGGAUGUUAAUCGGCAGACAUUGCCAUUUGAUAAGACUGACUGACAGUUUCGAGUACGCAUUCAACAUGGCCAUUUUCACACAGGUGUCAAUGAGCGUGCUGCUGCUUUGUGUGGAAGGUAUGCAAUUGACAAUAUCAUUGAAGUUAAGUGAUAACGUCGCAGCAAUAAAACACGUUGUCUUGAUUCUAACAAUGCUUGUGCAACUGUAUCUCUAUUGCUACGCUGGCGAUCAGUUGGAAUACGUAACCGGAAGGAUCGCGUACGGCGCUUAUGACAGUCCGUGGUAUAAUUUUGAUGUAAAGGUAAUGAAAAACCUGCGUAUGGUGAUGUUUCGAGGAAGGAUGCCGCAUCGAACGACAGCCGGGAAAUUCCUACCGAUGAAUUUAUUUUCAUUUAAAGAGAUUUUGAAAGCUACAGGCUCCUACCUUUCCGUUCUCAGAGUAAUGAUAGAUGUGUAA